GCAGCUGCUCCUUCCCGGCGGCCGCCCCCCGCGGGUCCCUCCCUGGCUGCGGGAGAGAAGAAGGUAGAAGGAGGACGCCGAGCCGCGCUGCCCGCGCCGGAGACCUUCGCCUUGCCCUGCCUGCUCCUCACCUCCUAGGAGGAACAUGGAUAAUCUCAGUGAUACCUUAAAGAAGCUGAAGAUAACAGCUGUUGACAAGACUGAGGAUAGUUUAGAAGGAUGCUUGGAUUGUCUGCUUCAAGCCCUGGCUCAAAAUAAUAUGGAAACGAGUGAAAAAAUACAAGGAAGUGGAAUACUUCAAUUGUUUGCAAAUCUGUUGACUCCACAGUCUUCCUGCACAGCCAAAGUAGCUAACAUCAUAGCAGAAGUAGCCAAAAAUGAAUUUAUGAGAAUUCCAUGUGUGGAUGCCGGAUUGAUUUCACCACUGGUACAGCUGCUAAAUAGCAAAGACCAGGAAGUGCUGCUUCAGACGGGCAGAGCUCUAGGAAACAUAUGUUAUGACAGCCAUGAGGGCAGAAGUGCAGUUGACCAAGCAGGUGGUGCACAGAUUGUAGUUGACCAUUUAAGGUCACUGUGCAGUAUAACAGAUCCCGCCAAUGAGAAGCUCUUGACUGUCUUUUGUGGCAUGCUGAUGAACUAUAGCAAUGAGAAUGAUUCCCUUCAGGCUCAGCUUAUCAAUAUGGGUGUUAUUCCUACCUUAGUGAAAUUACUGGGUAUCCACUGUCAAAAUGCAGCUCUUACAGAGAUGUGUCUUGUUGCAUUUGGAAAUUUAGCAGAACUUGAGUCAAGUAAAGAACAGUUUGCUAGUACAAACAUUGCUGAAGAGCUGGUAAAACUUUUCAAGAAACAAAUAGAACAUGAUAAGAGGGAAAUGAUUUUUGAAGUUCUUGCUCCAUUGGCAGAAAAUGAUGCCAUUAAAUUGCAGCUGGUUGAAGCAGGCCUGGUAGAGUGCCUGCUAGAGAUUGUUCAGCAGAAGGUGGACAGUGACAAAGAGGAUGAUAUUGCUGAGCUCAAAACUGCUUCAGAUCUAAUGGUUUUAUUACUUCUUGGAGAUGAAUCCAUGCAGAAAUUAUUUGAAGGAGGAAAAGGCAAUGUGUUUCAAAGGGUGCUUUCUUGGAUACCAUCAAAUAACCACCAGCUACAGCUUGCUGGAGCAUUGGCCAUUGCAAAUUUUGAUGGAAAUUGUAUACAUAUGGUAGACAACGGAAUUGUAGAAAAACUUAUGGAUUUAUUGGACAGACAUGUAGAAGAUGGAAAUGUAACUGUACAGCAUGCAGCACUAAGUGCCCUCAGAAACCUAGCCAUUCCAGUUGUAAAUAAAGCAAAGAUGCUAUCAGCUGGGGUCACAGAGGCGGUUUUGAAAUUCCUUAAAUCCGAAAUGCCGCCAGUGCAGUUCAAACUUCUGGGAACACUGAGAAUGUUAAUAGAUGCACAAGCAGAAGCUGCUGAACAACUGGGAAAGAAUGUUAAAUUAGUAGAGCGUUUGGUGGAAUGGUGUGAAGCCAAAGAUCAUGCUGGUGUAAUGGGGGAGUCUAACAGACUGCUGUCAGCCCUCAUACGGCACAGUAAAUCAAAAGAUGUAAUUAAAACCAUUGUGCAGAGUGGUGGCAUCAAGCAUCUAGUUACCAUGGCAACUAGUGAACAUGUAAUAAUGCAGAACGAAGCCCUUGUUGCUUUGGCACUAAUAGCAGCUUUAGAAUUGGGCACUGCUGAAAAAGACCUAGAAAGUGCUAAACUUGUACAGAUUUUACACAGACUGCUAGCAGAUGAGAGAAGUGCUCCUGAAAUAAAAUACAAUUCCAUGGUCCUGAUCUGUGCUCUCAUGGGAUCUGAGUCUCUACACAAGGAAGUCCAGGAUUUGGCCUUUCUAGAUGUUAUAUCCAAGCUUCGCAGUCAUGAGAACAAAAAUGUUGCCCAACAGGCCUCUCUCACAGAGCAGAGACUUACUGUGGAAAGCUGAGACGCACAGCAUCUUCCCAUCUCUGAACUCCCCUUUGUCCUCCAUCCAGCUGCCUCUUCUGCUUCAUUCUUUACCAUAUCACUUGUGCAUGCGUGUAAUGUUCCCAUAGCAAUGGAAGAACUGCUGUAGGUACCUGCCUAAUAAGAUUUCUAAACCCACAGUUAGUGUGAACAUGGCUUUGUCAGAAACAGGUCUCCACCCAUAACUGUUCUCUUGUAUUCCUGUUGCUUGAACUACAUUAAUUAGAAUGUGCAUGUUGUAGUCCUUUGAUGAUAUAAACUUGGUACUACAUAAUGACUUGCUCCUCACAUGCCGUAAGCCACAUAAUAAUGUACUGGUAAAUUAGAAACAAAGAACGCAGCAGGACCUGUCUAGCUUAUUGAAAAUGAAACUGAAUAGUAAAAAUAGCUCCUUUUUUGGUGCUUCGGGAAGCACAGUGACCAAAAAACUGUAUGGCUGUACAUUCAUUAAUCUUACCUACUAAUGUCAAACUCAUGGUACCUAGAGUUGAAUAAAAUUCCAAUGCUCUCAAUCUUUA